UCAAACGAGAAAGUGAGGUUAACAGAAUCAAAACAUUCAUUGUUGUUGUUGUUUGGAAAAUGUGAUUUCCUUAGAUAAAUCAAUUGGAAAAUGGCAAUGGACAUGGAGUGUGUCCCGAAUAUAAAAAGGGACGCCCCCAAUAUCCUGAUAACCGGUACCCCGGGCGUAGGGAAAUCCACCUUGUGCGCCCAAUUAGCCGAGAAAACUGGCAUGCGUUGGCUGGAAAUAUCGAAAAUCGCCAAGGAAAAUAACUGUUUGGAGGAGUACGACGAGGAAUACAAGUGCCCCAUAUUAGAUGAAGACAAACUCCUCGAUGGCCUCGAGGAGAUCAUGUGCCAAGGUGGGAAUAUUGUGGAUUACCACAGUUGUGAGUUCUUUCCAGAGAGGUGGUUUGAUGUGGUCUUUGUACUGAGGGCAGAUAACACAACAUUAUACGAUAGGUUAAGAGGAAGAGGUUACGAGGGUAAGAAACUGGAGGAUAACAUCGACUGCGAGAUAUUUCAAGUUAUAUUGGACGAAGCCAAGAACUCUUAUAAAGCGGAUAUUGUGCACGAAAUCACCAGUGUUACCGAGGUACAGUUACAGGAGAAUCUGGAGAGGAUUGUUUUGUGGAUCCAGGAUUGGUUUAGGAAUAACGAAUGUUAAUGUUUGUGUUGAUAAUAAAGAGAUUUUUUUAUGUA